AUGAUGGACGGUGACCGUACAUCACCCCGACGAUCUAGCCGCAAACGAUCCAUCAUCUAUGCCGACCCAGCAAACGCCUCGCGCCCUUCCAAAAAGCCCAAAACACAACCUCAUCAACAAGCAGCCCAAGACGAGGAGCCCGCCAACACUCUAUACCUUCGAAUCUACUGCCUAGGAAGCAACAACAAUGCAGAGCUCGGCCUCGGCCCCAACCACCGCGUCGGAGACGUCAGAGUCCCAACACUCAACCCUUUCCUCUCCUGCCCAUCACCAUCCGAGAAAUCCCUUAAAAAGGGAUCAUUUCCCACAAUCAAAAACAGAGUAAUCCAACUCGCCGUCGGCGGUAUGCACUGCGCCGCCCUCACCUCCACAAAUGAAAUCCUCACCUGGGGCGUCAACGACAACGGUGCCCUGGGAAGAGACACCAGCUCCGCCCGGCUGGAAGAAUACCUCAAAAACCUCACCCUCCACGACGACAACUCCUCCACCACCUCUUCUGAACCAGACAUCAACCCCCUCGAAUCCACCCCCCACCCCGUCCCCUUCCCAAACAUCAACCCCCCAAAAUGGACCCAAAUCACCGCUUGCGACAGCGCCACCUUCCUCCUCUCCACCACCGGCCAAAUCUACGGCUGGGGCUGCACCCGCUCCUCCCAAGGCGUCUCCCUCUUCACCCCCCAAACCGCCAUCCAACGCACGCCCCUCCCCAUCCCCCUGCCUGAACCCAUAACCAAAAUAUCCGCAAGAGGUAACCACAUCCUAGCCCUGACCAAAACCGGCCAAGUCUACACAUGGGGCCUAGGCAGCGAGCAAGGCCAACUCGGCCGCCGUCUUCCCCAACGCGGAAAUUCUCUUCUCUCCUGCGCAGUCACACCGAGGAAAAUAAAACUAAAAAACAUCAUCGACAUCGCCGCCGGACCAGACCACAGUUUUGCCGUUGGUGAAAACGGAGAGGUGUGGGCUUGGGGAUUAGACAACUACGCCCAAACAGGAGCCCUCGCCUCCAACCGGGGAGAAGACGGGGGGGGGUUAUUCAUUUCGACACCAACCCGGGUUACCAACCUAGAGGGGAUACUAAACGGCCGAAGAAUAAAAUAUCUAACCGGGGGAAAUAGUCAUAGCCUUUGUUUGUUGGAUGACGGGAGUGUCUACUCCUGGGGAAGGCUUGACUCUUUCGCCACGGGGGUAGAUAUCGACACGUUGACAGCACAGAAGGGACAAAAAUGGGAGGAGGAGUUUGUGGUUAGGGAUGGGAGGGGUAGGGCGAGGAUUGUGACCUGUCCGGUGAGGAUCUUGCCGCUGGGGGAGGGGGAAAACGACAAGAUUAGAUGGGUCGAGGCGGGGGCGGAACAUGGGGUCGCUGUUACGGUGGAUGGGAGGGUGGUUACCUGGGGGUUUAAUGCUAGUUGUCAGACGGGACAUAGAGGAGAAGAGGAGGAGAUCAAGACGCCGAGGGUGGUGGGUGUGAGAAAAGGUUGUUUGGAGGGGGUCAGGUUUGGGUGGACGGGGGCUGGAGGGCAUUUUACUGUUUUGGGGGAGGUGGUUGGGUUGUGA